AUGUCGGGGUUCUGUGGUCGUGUGACAAACGUGAAGUACUAUGACGUGCCUUUGACGGUCGACGACGGCGGUGAUGAGUGGACCGGGAUAUAUAGAUGGGACGAACCGACACAAACGCAUCUGAUGGCGGUCAAGAACAAUGCCGCUGCGGACACUUACCUGGCAUGGGACGAUGACAUGAUGGCCGGCACGUCCGACAGGGAGUACUGGUGGAACCUGUUCACCACACAAGGCAAAAUGGCAUUCCGGGUCCCCAACAAGCCCGGGUCCACUGAGGGUUUCUAUACCCUGCACAUGGAAGCUGAUCUUUCGAUCAUCCUCAAGUACCAGGUGGGGGACCCCACUGAUGCGCAGCUGUGGACGGUUUUAGACGAAUGAAUGUUGGGCCCGGUAACUUUGCUUAGCUGUGCUAUCGAGUAUAAGCAUUAGCCUGUGGAAUGCAACUUCUGUACGAGCGAAUCGUGGUUUAUCUGUUUGUCUGCGUGCCGGCGGGAGGAGACUCAGGUCAUGCUACCUUCCCUCUUGAAGCUUGAAGUCCAACACCGUUGCAUGUAAGUGCAUGUACAAAUCAGU